UGGUAAUUUACCAGUUGCAGCAACUUAAUAAAUUUUCAAUCUCCUACCUUCAUUUAGGCUGCGCCAGCUCUUCAUUCUCUAGGGUUUCCUUUUGUUCAGCUACGUGUUCGAGUAUCUUGUAUUUUCAGUUACUUCUUUUUAAAGAUAAAAGGGGAGCAGAAAAUAAAGGGUUUAGGUUCAGGGUUUGUAAUGAUAGAUCAAUUGAAUUCGGAUCUGUUCGACCCGAUAAAUGAGAUGGACUCCGAUUACAUGCGUGGUGCCUCCGUCUCCGGCGAUGAUUUUGGAUUCGCUUUCAAUGAUAGUAAUUUCUCUGACCGACUUCUGAAGAUUGAGAUUAUGGGUCCACCCUCAGACUGCGCUCCCGACGGUGAGGGUUGCACCAGCAUCGCCGAUUGGGCUAGCCAUCGCAAGAGGCGCCGGGAGGAUUUCAAGAAGGAAAAUGCUUUGGAUCUUAGUUUAUGUCCCGAGGAGCAGGUUUUAAAGGACAAUCAGCCUGAUAUGAAUGAUUUUGUGGGCUGUGAAAAUCAGGAUGAGGAGGCAGUGGCAAUGGUUGAAGAAACACAAUCAGGUGACGAGGAUGCAAAUAGUUAUGAAUCAAUUUGGAACAUGGAUUGUUCUACGGUUUUGAGAGUUAAAACUUUGCAUAUCAGCUCUCCCAUUUUAGCUGCUAAAAGCCCAUUCUUCUACAAGCUUUUCUCAAAUGGGAUGAGAGAGUCGGAGCAACGGCAUGUAACCUUAAGAAUUGGCGCCUUUGAGGAAGCUGCCUUCAUGGAACUUUUGAAUUUUAUGUAUAGCAACACCUUAUCUUCCACCAGAGCUCCUGCCUUGCUUGAUGUGCUGAUGGCUGCUGAUAAAUUUGAAGUUGCCUCUUGCAUGAGAUAUUGCAGCCGGCUAUUGCGCAAUUUGCCUAUGACACCAGAGUCAGCUCUGCUCUAUUUGGAUCUUCCAUCGAGUGUUUUAAUGGGCGAAGCUGUCCAGCCUUUGACUGAUGCUGCUAAACAGUAUCUUGCUUCGCGUUACAAGGACAUUACCAAGUUCCAAGAAGAGGUAAUGGCUUUGCCGCUAGCUGGGAUUGAGGCAAUUUUGUCCAGUGAUGAUCUGCAAAUUGCUUCUGAAGAUGCUGUGUAUGACUUCGUUUUGAAGUGGGCCAGGGCUCAGUAUCCAGAACUGGAAGAGCGAAGGGAGGUUCUUGGUUCACUCCUUGCACGCUUUAUUCGCUUCCCUUAUAUGACUUGCAGGAAGCUUAAGAAGGUAUUAACAUGUAAUGAUUUUGAUCAUGAAUGUUCAUCAAAGCUUGUGCUUGAGGCCCUCUUUUUCAAGGCUGAAGCCCCACAUAGACAACGAAGCUUGGCUGCUGAGUCUGCCACCAUGAACCGUCACUUUAUUGAGCGAGCUUACAAAUAUCGACCUGUUAAAGUGGUGGAGUUUGAACUUCCCCACCGACAGUGUGUUGUGUACCUGGACUUGAAGAGGGAGGAAUGUGCACAUUUGUUCCCAUCCGGACGAGUUUAUUCGCAGGCAUUCCACCUGGGCGGACAAGGUUUCUUCCUGUCAGCUCAUUGUAACAUGGACCAGCAUAGCUCAAUCCACUGCUUCGGGUUGUUUUUGGGAAUGCAGGAAAAGGGUUCAAUUAGUUUUUCAGUAGAUUACGAAUUUGCAGCCAGGUGUAAGCCAGCAUCGGAGUUCGUUAGCAAAUACAAGGGAAACUACACAUUCACAGGUGGCAAGGCUGUUGGCUAUCGGAAUCUGUUCGCCAUACCUUGGACAUCGUUCAUGGAUGAAGACGGCCUUUACUUCAUAAAUGGUGUUCUCCAUCUUAGGGCCGAGUUAACAAUCAGGCACUAACCAUAUGCAGCUUCGAUCCAUUUACUUUAGAUGCACUAACCCGUUGUGGUUCACUUUGACCCGAGCAAAAUUCGAUAUGUACC